AUGUCAUCUGAUAAAGAGUUUGGAAAUAACCAUGCUAACAGUGGGCCAGCUAGAUGUUUAGAGUUGACUUCACAAGCACAUGGUGAAUUCACGGAUGUUGCAGUUGGAGGUGCAAAAGAGGCAAGCACCGAUUCUGAAGAUGCCCAGGAGAAAAAAAUGAAAGAAAGGAACCAAAGGAUGGAAGAAGAAAUUAAGAAAUCUGAACUUCUCAACAAAAUAAUUAUCACUCCAACCAUUACAUCAGCCACAUCUGAAGUCGAUGGACGAUCCAUAUGGGUCGGCAACGUAGACUAUGGGGCUACAUUGGAAGGUUUGAAUAAACACUUCGAACAAUGUGGUGUCAUAAUGAGAACGAAAAUUCUACGUGACAAAAUUAGCGGCAAGUCUAAGGGAUUUGCAUACAUUGAGUUUUCGGACAUAAAAAUGUCAUCUGAUAAAGAGUUUGGAAAUAACCAUGCUAGCAGUGGGCCAGCUAGAUGUUUAGAGUUGACUUCACUAGCACAUGGUGAAUUCACGGAUGUUGAAGUUGGAGGUGCAAAAGAGGCAAGCACCGAUUCUGAAGAUGCCCAGGUGAAAAAAAUGAAAGAAAGGAACCAAAGGAUGGAAGAAGAAAUUAAGGAAUCUGAACUUCUCAACAAAAUAAUUAACACUCCAACCAUUACAUCAGCCACAUCUGAAGUCGAUGGACGAUCCAUAUGGGUCGGCAACGUAGACUAUGGGGCUACAUUGAAGGGUUUGAAUAAACGCUUUGAACAAUGUGGUCUCAUCAAGAGAACAAAAAUUCUACGAGACAAAUAUAGCGGCAAACCUAAGGGCUUUGCAUACAUUGAAUUUUUGGACGUUGUGUCUAUUGAAUUGGCCCUGAAACUGAAUGACUCACUGUUUUGCGGAAGACAAAUUAAAGUCACCGCGAAGAGAACCAACAUACAUGGUCUGUCAACUACAGACAGAAAACCGAGAGGGAGAGGUAUAAGGUCAAGGGGUGGUCCAAUGGCAGGAAGAGGUCGCUAUUUAGUUACAGCACAGCACAUUCCAACACCUGUGCCAAGGUUCGAUUCAUACAUGGAACAACAGCCACAGUACCCAGCCUACAGAAGCAGAGGUAGCAACAGGUCAAGAGGGGGAUCUCGUUACAGACCAUAUUGA